AUGGCUGUUGUACAAUAUUUAAGAGGUUUAGAUCUAUCUGGAAUCAAUUUUGAAAAGCAGAAAGAUCUUUUAGACAAACAAAGAUUAGCUCGACGUACUCAUACAGAUACUACAGAUAAUGAUCUGUCCUCAUCUCUUUCUUCAAUAUGGCCUUCCACUGAAAUUCUUCAAGAUAUGUGUCGUUUACAAUGGUUAAAGUUAAAGAAUGUUGGUUUAAAGGAGAAAUUUCUUCCAAAAGAAAUAACUCGACUUGAACAACUGGAGAGUUUAUCUUUAGCUCGAAAUGAAUUGACUUCAUUGUGUUCUAUCAAAGGUUGGCCAAGUGUUUUGCCAAGUUUACGAAUGAUAACAUGUCGUAAAAAUGAACUGGCAAGUAGAGAUGCCAUUCCCUCAGAUUUGUUUGAAUGUAAUAACCUUCAGGUUGUUGAUUUCAGUUGUAACCAAUUGACACAAUUACCUAAAGGGAUUGAAAAAGCAAAAGGCUUACUUGUAUUGAAUUUAAGCCAUAAUCAAAUAUCAUUAGUAUCACCGGAUUUAUUUGUUCAAUGUACAGAGUUAAUGUUUUUAGAUUUAGGUAAUAAUCGAUUGGAAAGCUUACCAGCUCAAUUACGUCGUUGUUGUUCAUUACAACAGCUUAUCCUUUGUAAUAAUCCAUUACGUCAUGCUCAACUUAGAUCUGUGACAGCACUUAAACAACUUGAGGUGUUGAAUUUAUCAGCCACUGAACGAAGACUUGAUAACAUACCGAAUGAAUUAGAUAAAUUAGAACAUUUAAUUGAACUGGACUUAUCAUGUAAUCUAAUAACAAGGAUCCCUGAACCAGUUUUAAUGCUUCGAAACCUACGUAAACUACAUUUAGCGUAUAAUGACUUAUCUGACUUAUCUAAUUUGACCGGGGAUUGGCCUAAAUUAGAAUAUCUUAAUCUCAGUUACAAUCAGUUAACUCAUCUACCGACUGGAUUAAUACGUCUGUCUUGCCUGCGUAAAUUAUAUGUGAACAAUAAUCAUUUGACAUUUGGUGGUAUACCAUCAGGAAUUGGUAAACUGCAAGAUUUGGAAAUAUUCGAUGCAUCACACAAUGAAUUGGAGACAAUACCUGAAAGUCUUUGCAGAUGUGGUCGUUUAAAACGUUUAAUACUUAAUUCCAACCGUCUUCUUACACUCCCUGAUGCAAUACAUUAUUUAAAAGAAUCCUUAGAUAUUUUGAAGUUGAUAAUAAUCCUCGAUUGA